CUCAGAAAACACGAAGGGCUCCUUGUUGCAGCACAGCCUGCUGGUUCUAUAUAAGCUGCACGGACUGUCACAUCAGCAUCUCUCUCCACAAAUAUGAAGUCUUUCUGUUGCUUGCUAACCUGUGCUGCACUGGCAGCUGUGCUAGCUAGUGAAGAAGGCAAUGCUCAAACAGACAAUAUUGUUAAUGGCUGUCCGAUAAAGAUGAAGAAUGGGGGAAAAUGUGAUGAAGAUGGGAAUUGUCCCUACCAGAUAACUCUGCCUCCAAUGUCAAUUCAGUUACCAAAGCAGUUUCAGCUGCUGGAAAAGACUCUAAAGGAAGUACAAACCCUUAAAGAGAUGGUAAAUAACCUAAAGAAAUCUUGUCAAGACUGCAAACUGCAGGCAGAUGACAACCAGGACAAAGAGACUAUUGAGGCCCCAGAAGGUGGGAAGGACAAUCAAAUAAAAGACCUGGAGUCUAAGGUGAAAAAAAUGUCCAUUAGCCUGAAGAACGCACGAUCCCAGAUUACCACCUUGCAGAGUCAGAUAGAGAAGAUGGACUCACUCAGUAUCAACAGUGUGGAGGACUAUAUUGACAAUAAGAUGGCAAACUUGUCAUUUGAACUCAGAAAUGUGGACAAGUGCUCCAGCAACUGCCCACUACUGAAAGAGAGCACAGGCAUUCAGCUUCUCUACAAAGAUUGCGCUGACUACUACAAAUGGGGUAAAAGACUUAAUGGUAUUUACCAAGUCAUGCCAGAUCCAAAAAACAAGACAUUUGGUGUAUACUGUGACAUGGAAUCUAUGGGCGGAGGAUGGACAGUGCUGCAGAACCGUAUAGAUGGCAACUUAAGCUUCAACCGGACAUGGAGUGAAUACAAAAAUGGUUUCGGUAAUCUUAGUGGAGAGUUCUGGCUGGGAAAUGAUAAAAUACACCUCUUGACCAAAAGCAAUAAUAUGAUAUUAAGAAUUGAGCUUGAAGAUUUUAAGGGCGUUAAGGAAUAUGCCAAGUAUGACCAGUUCUAUGUGGCCAAUGAAUACCUGAAAUACAGAUUGUCUGUCAGUGGCUAUAGUGGAACAGCUGGGGAUGCACUCCACUUUAGCAAGAAAUACAACCAUGACCAGAAAUUCUUUACUACCCCUGACAGAGACAAUGAUAGAUAUCCAUCUGGGAAUUGUGGAGCUUACUAUAGCUCAGGAUGGUGGUUUGAUGCAUGCAUGUCUGCAAAUCUCAAUGGCAAAUACUAUGAGAAAGAUUACAAGGGGAUUCGCAAUGGGAUUUUCUGGGGUACAUGGAAAGGAGUUUCUGAGGAGCAACUCAACAGUUUCAGGCAAACGUUUAAGUCUGUCAGGAUGAUGAUAAGACCAAAAGACUUCUCACCCUAAAUCAAAUUUGGCUACAUAUGAUUUCAGAUAAUGUAAAAACAUGUAUUAAAUGUGUUUGUGAAGUU